CCAUGAGAAGAAAAACCUUUAUUGAAAAAAAAAAAAAAAAAAAAAACUAAAAGAACAGAAUAACCUUUAUUCGGCUGAAGGAAGAGGAAGGAAUAAUAUGUUUUACUAUAAAAGGCAAGUAUUAGACCUAAACUGAUUGUAUUUAUUAUAGACUUAUAAUUCCAGAAGUGGAGGAAAGUGAAGAGGAGCCUCAGCUUUUCCCUAAUCAUGUCAAGGCCACCAGCAGCAGUACCACAUAUUGAAAUAACAAUUGAGGAGGACAGAGAAUAUGAUAGUGACCAUCAUAUAAAUAUUAAAUAUAUACCCCUAUACAUGGCCUUGGUGAAAGGUGAGUUGGAGGUUGUGAAUGCCUUUCUGGAUAAACAUCCAGAGGCAAUAUACGAUAGGGUUUCCAUAAUAGGGGAGACGCCCAUGCACGUUGCUUUCUCGCACGGGAAAGUGGAGUUGGUGGAAGUGCUUUUUAAGAGGAUGGAGGAUAUGAGUGAUUCUGAUGAUGAAAAGCUGUGUGUCAAAGAUGCUUAUGGCGACACACCACUUCACAUUGCUGCGAGAGCUGCAAACACAACAAUUUCAAAACGAGUACUUGAUCGCCCGGACUGGCUUGUGUCAUUAACGGAAAAUCCGGAUGGAGAAUUGCCGGUCAAUCUCGCUGCAAUUUACGAUAACUGGAGCAUGUUAUUUGAAUUAGCUAAUUGUUCACGCUUAUCUUGGCGACGGGCAGAUAGUUUUCUAAAUUGGAGUACGUUCAGGGAAUUUAUUAACUGCGAGCAAUUUGGGUUGGCAAGGGAAUUUGGAGAAAUCUUGGAGGGAUCAGGACCGAUGGAUUUUAAAGAUGGCUUGUAUACAAUGGCAGAGAUGGUGUCUGCAUUCUCUCAACCCGGAUAUUUUAAGAGAUGGAUAUAUUACUUAUCAUUACUUCCAUAUGGAGGGCGGGACCCGGAAAUUUCAUCUGUGGGAACCAUGCAUGGAGGGAUCAACCAGAGAAUUUCAUUUUGGGGUAAAAUGCUCAAUUUUCUUAAAGCAUCCAAGGUUGGUAAAGCAAUAGAAUCUAUUGUGGCUGAAGUACGGAACAACAAGCAAGCCCAUGAGCUACUGAACAAUAUGUGCUCCCCUGAGUGGACUUUUGAUAUUAAUCAUGUUGAAGUAGUAUACUUCGAGGCACUAAAAAGAGCCAUCAAAUGUGGGAAUGUUGAAUUUGUUGAGGAAAUGUUGAGGUCUAAUCCUGCUUUGUUAUGGGGGGGUAAAAAAAGUGGAAGUAUAUUUCACCUUGCAGUUGCUUGGCGUCAGGAGAAAAUAUGGAACCUCAUUUAUGGUUUAACUACUGAACAAAGAAACAAGAUCACUGGAAGACUGGUAAAAUCAAACACCAUAUUACAUAUAGCUGCAUGCCCACUGGUAAUGAAUGAUAAAUACAGAGGACUACUUUCAAAGGAUGAUUCGGAAAAUCAAGGAGAACAACAACACUUACCACUCAAGGAAUUCAGCAAAGCUCGAGAUGCAGCUCUGAUAAUGCAGAGAGAACUACAAUGGUACGAGGAGGUGAAGAGGAUGGUCCCAUCUUCAUACAAACUAAAAGCUAAUGAGUAUGGAGAAACUCCUCCAGAUUUGGACUCAAGCUAUCACUAUGAAUUAAUGAAAGAAGGAGAAAAAUGGAUGAGAGAUACAGCAGAAUCAUUUACAAUCGUGGCGACUCUCAUUGUCACUGUUAUGUUUGCAGCAACCUUCACAUUACCUGGUGGUACUGAUGAUAACGGGAAUCCCAAGUUCCUAAUGUAUAAAUCCUUUAUGGUUUACAUUACAGCAGAUGCACUCUCUCUAUUGACUUCAACUAUUUCAUUGUUAAUGUUCCUGAGCAUCAUCACUUCACGAUAUAUCCAACAAAGUUUCCGAUGGUCAUUACACACUCGACUGAUAACUGGUCUGGCUACCCUUUUCAUCUCUAUUGCAACCAUGAUGGUUGCUUUUGGCGCCACCCUUGUUAUAGUGCUUGGCGAACGAAUUAGUUGGUCGCCUACUCCAAUCACUUUGUUUUCUGGGGCAGCUAGUGUCCCAGCAAUCAUAUUUGCUUGGUUGCAAUUUCCGAUGUUUCUUAACCUAGUCUCAUCUACCUAUGGACAUGCGCUCUUCAAGCGGAGAACAAAAUGUUCCUUCCUCCACAACCUACGUGAUCUUCCAAAACCCAAAGAGCCCUAGGUAUAAUUAAUUAUUAUGCAAUUAAUGAUUGUGGUGUGGUUCAAUAAAAUUGCUAUUUGUACUUGUAAUUAUAUGGAUGACAUAUGCUUCAAGCAGAAUAAGAGUGUGCAUAUAUAUAUAUAUAUAUAUUUCUGAAAGAUGGAAUGGCCAAUUCUUAAUUUCCCAUUAUUUACUUAGGUUUUUUUUAUUUUUUAUUAUUUGUUUAUUAUUAUCUAGUUGAAUAAUGCAUCUCUCCUCAAACAUAUAAUUAAGAUAUACCAAUUUUUUUGCCAGAGCCUUUAAAUCGAUCCGGGGAAUUAGUUUCACUGUAACUCUCGUCCAUUAACAUCCACAUCU